CGGAGUGAUGCACUCUGGGAAUUGUAGUUCCCAGCGAGGCUGCUGGCAGCCCCAGACAGAGCUCGGGCCUAACACGGAUGGCGGCUGCGGCGCGCGGCUGCCGGCCCUGGGGCCCCCUCCUUGGGCUGCUCGGGCUGGUCUCCGCCGCAGCCACGGCUGCCUCGUGGGACAUGACUUCGUUGCGCUGCAGCUUCGGUACUUUCUGCGAAUGUGACUUCCGGCCCGACUUGCAGGGUCUGGAGUGUGACCUGGCCCAGCACCUGGCCGGCCAGCACUUGGCCAGGACGCUGGUGGUGAAGGCACUGAAGGCCUUCCUGCAGGACCCUGCUCCCACCAAGCCGCUGGUCCUCUCCUUCCACGGCUGGAAAGGCACCGGCAAGUCCUACGUCAGCUCCCUGCUGGCACACUACCUCUUCCUGGGCGGCCUCCACAGCCCGCAUGUGCACCACUUUUCCCCUGGCAUCCACUUCCCCCACCCCGGCCACAUGGAUCGCUACAAGAAGGAUCUUAAGAGCUGGGUUCAGGGGAACCUCACUGUCUGCGGCCGCUCCCUCUUCCUCUUCGAUGAGAUGGACGAGCUGGCCCCAGGCCUGAUGGAGGUCCUGCGGCCUUUCCUGGGCUCCUCCUGGGUUGUGUACGGGACCAACUAUCGCAAAGCCAUCUUCAUCUUCAUCAGCAACACUGGCGGUGAGCAGAUCAAUCGGGUGGCGCUGGAGGCAUGGCGGAGCCACCGGGAGCGGGAGGAGAUCCGCCUGCAGGAGCUGGAGCCGCUCAUCACCCAAGCUGUGCUCGACAGCCCGCACCAUGGCUUUUGGGGCUCAGGCAUCAUGGAGGAGCAUCUUCUGGAUGCCCUGGUGCCCUUCCUACCACUCCAGCGGCACCACCUGCGGCACUGCGUGCUCAAUGAGCUGGCCCAGCUGGACCUGGAGCCAAGGGACGAGGUCAUCCAGGCUGUGCUGGACAGCACCACCUUCUUCCCAGAGGACGAGCAGCUCUUCUCCUCCAACGGCUGCAAGAUGGUGGCUUCCCGAAUUGCCUUCUUCCUCUGAUGUCCCGGCGGCACCCUGGG